UCCGUUCUAUUAAAAUUCAAUUAAAUAAAUUCAUUAAAUUAAACAUUUUCCAUGGCAAAACCCAUUGACAAAGUAAAUUUUGUAAAUAAUAAAAUCACAAUAUGAACUCUCAUAUUUUCUUCUUCGGUUUCUAUUGUUAAUUAGAAGAAAAUUUUGAAUUUCCAUAAUCCCCAUUUUGAAGAGUGUGAACUGCGAGGACUGGGGUUACCCGGAUGCAGUUACUAACCGUUUGUCAUGUUUAGAAAUAACAGUUACUGCAAAACUACCUUAUAAAACUUUCUCAGUUCUCUUACUUACGCUUAAUCAUCAUUCUACAACCAUGGAGCAAACUGGAGAAGAUUUUGGAAUCAAAAUCUACACUGCAUCACCCAAAAAUGAUCCAAUGCCGUUCUCUUCUUCCAAUACUCCUCAAGCCCCUAAAGCACCAGGAUCCAAAAGGAGAGUUGUCGCUAAAGGCGUCCAAAAAACUCUUUCGAAAACUUCAAUGCUCGUAAACUUCCUUCCUACAGGAACGCUUUUAACCUUUGAGAUGGUUCUGCCAUCAAUUGUCAAGAACGGAGAGUGUACUCACAUUUCUAUUCUGAUGCUUCUUGUGCUUCUCGGUCUCUGUGCUGUCUCUUGCUUCUUCUUUCAUUUCACUGACAGUUUCAAAGGCCCUGAUGGCAAAGUUUACUAUGGCUUUGUUACUCCAAAUGGGUUGGCUGUUUUCAAGCCUGGACUUGACGUCGAUGUGCCUAAAGAUGAGAGGUUUAAAGUUGGAUUCACUGAUUUUGUUCAUGCUAUGAUGUCGGUUAUGGUGUUUGUAGCGAUUGCCUUCUCUGAUCAUAGGGUCACCGAUUGUCUGUUUCCGGGACAUGUUAAGGAGAUGGAUCAAGUGAUGGAGAGUUUUCCUCUUAUGGUUGGUAUUGUCUGCAGUGGCCUGUUUCUGGUCUUCCCUAAUACUCGAUAUGGCAUAGGUUGCAUGGCUACUUGACUAGGAUGCCGUUUACAGUU